AUGGCUCUCAACGACAGACCUCCCUUCAAGAGACAUGCCAGGGACCCAGAGAACAGGGGCGAAAGCCCUCCCCGAAGGAAGCCAACGGCUCCACUCUCCCGCGCCCAGGCGCUCAUCAGACAGCGCAAGAUGGCCCAGGCGAAUGCGAAUGGCGGCCAGACCACCAGCUGCAGCAGCUCUGGUCCCACCACGGGGGGUGCAAGCAAGGCCAACGACAAGGACCCUACCGCCACCAGCAAGGACGGCGGCUCCAAGACGGACCCAUAA